AACAAUAAGUAAACUUGAGCUGAACAUUACAGUAAAACAACAUGAGCAGUGAGACCUAGAGAUUUGUUAUUUAUCUGUAUUGAGUUAGCACUGGGGGAUCCCAGUGAGGCAUCAAGUGCUGCUUUUCCUAUAGAAACAUGAAACACGAACAAAAGAAUUGCAAUCACUCUCUUGAGUAAUAAAAGAGAAGUUUUACUGGGUGGCAUAUAAGGAAUUAACUUAAACUGGUGGGAUGCAGCAUAGGUACCCUAAAAGCCUUACUACGCGAUUGCCAAGAGCUGGAGAAACUAUACUUGGUCAUAAGUUUUUCAUUGGUUUUGGUGGGAAAGGAGCCAACCAGUGUGUCCAGUCUGCUCGUCUUGGGGCCAAGACCUCGCUGAUCUGCAAGGUUGGGAAGGAUUCCUUUGGCAAUGAUUAUGUUGAAAAUCUGAAGAAGAAUGGUAUUUCUACCGCAUUUGUAGGUCAGACUACAGAUGCUGCUACUGGAACUGCUUCAAUAAUUGUCAACAGCGAAGGACAGAAUGUCAUUGUCAUCGUCCCAGGGGCCAACCUGCUUUUAAAUUUUGAAGACCUGAGGAGGGCUUCUGAUAUCAUCUGUAAAGCCAAAGUGGUUGUCUGCCAGCUAGAAAUAAACCCAGCUGUUUCUCUUGAAGCUCUGAAAAUGGCACAUGCCAGCGGAGUAAAGACUUUAUUUAAUCCAGCUCCAGCCCUUGCUGACCUAGAUCCACAAUUUUAUACCAAUUCCGAUAUCUUCUGCUGCAAUGAAACUGAGGCAGAAAUUUUAACGGGCAUCCCAGUUGGCAACCUUGAAGAUGCUGGAAAGGUGGGACACAUGCUGUUAGAAAGAGGGUGUAAGCUCGUAGUUGUUACUCUUGGAGCAGAAGGCUGUAUGAUGAUAUCAGUAGAAGAACCCAUUCCAAAGCACGUUCCUGCUGGGAAGGUCAGGGCUGUGGACACUACGGGAGCUGGAGACAGUUUUGUGGGAGCACUGGCCUUCUACCUGGCUUACUAUCCCAAGUUACCCAUGGAGGAAAUGAUCAGGAAGUCUAACUGCAUCGCAUCAGUGAGCGUCCAGGCAUCAGGGACACAAUCUUCAUAUCCUUACAGGAAGGACUUGCCUCAGGACCUUUUCUAAUUC